AAAUGAUCAUCAUGGGCAGGAAAGUUGAUCGCCGGGCGAUCCCUUUGAUUCUGCUGCUUCUUCUCUCCCUUCCAGCUGCAGAUUCUAGCAGACCAGCACUCCCGGCUGCCGACGCUCCAAUAACUGUUCCGCCGACGCACAAUCAAACCAUUUCUCCCUCAACCGUGCGACCCACUUGCGAUGAUGAGGGACCUAUCUGUCAGUGGCUUGGUGUCACGUGUUGUCAUUCGUGAUGGGAUGGGAGCAAUCAAUCAUCUCUGAUCGAUCGAGUUGAAGAGAAGAG